AUGUGGAUUCUACCUCUUGUAGGGUAUUUGGGAGUGAUCGUGGGAUUUGCCUUUCUCACAUUAGCAAUUGCUUCGGGACUCUACUAUCUAUCUGAACUUGUCGAAGAGCAUACCGUUCUUACCCGACGCCUUUUAAGUCGUCUGAUUUACUCUAUCAUUGCAAUCCAGGUUCUACUAGUAGUCUUCGAUCGGUUCCCCAUCUGGCUAUCCCUUCUCGGCAUCCUUUCCCACCUUGUUUACGCUAGCAAUCUGCGCCGCUUUCCUGUUGUCAAAUUAUCCGACCCGCUAUUUAUCACAUCAUGCGCAUUGGUCAUUCUCAACCACUGGCUCUGGUUCCGCCACUUCUCGAAACCGCUACCUGCGUCUCGACGGAGCGACAACAACUGGCGCCAGCCUUACCAGACCAACUAUGAAGAGAUGCCUUCAUUUUCUGAGGUAGCAUCGUACUUUGGAUUAUGUGUUUGGUUGGUUCCAUUUGCUCUCUUUGUCAGUCUGAGUGCGGGCGAAAAUGUCCUGCCUAGUAUGGGUUCAGAAUACGCGACAGGGGAGCACGUGUCAAAUGGACAUAGUCGUGGGCCUUCAGAAGGCAAGUCCAAAAACAAAGGAAUGGCCAAAGCCUUGGUCGAUAAUGUACGCGACUGGACCCGAGACAAUGGGGAGCUUAUGGGCCUGUGGCGGGGUGAGCAAACCAGGCGAUUUUGA